AUGGACGGUCGUGCAAAGCGUAUUAUUGUCUGCUGUGAUGGAACAGCAUGUUCAUCGUACAAGCGACAUGGAGGACUCUCUUUGACCAAUGUGUCGCGAAUCUCUCGAUCUAUAAAAGCCGUGGCCGAUAAUGGAACCCCACAGAUGGUCUUUUAUCAGCCUGGCAUCGGUACAGCUGCUGCGAAUCCUUUGAAUAUCUUGAACCAGGGGAUCGGGUCAGGAAUUGAUGAGAAAAUCAUGGAAGCAUAUAGCUUCAUCUGCCACAACUAUUCUGGGGAGGACGAUAAAAUAAUCCUUAUUGGCUUUUCUAGGGGCGCGUUUACAGUCAGGUGCAUUGCUGACUUUAUUCACAAGGCUGGCCUUCUCACGAAGGUGGGCCUCUUUUACCUAACCCAACUCUAUGACCUGUGGGUUGGCGGGAAACUAGGGACUGACAAUGUGCCGGAGGCAUUCCGUACGGGUGUUCUAGGUGACCCCACACAAGUACGCCCUAGUAUUCGCAUUAAUGCUUGCGCCGUGUGGGAUACAGUUUGCUCCCUUGGCGUCCCUCAGCUGGGUUUCUCUGGUCCGCGUCUACCGAGCAGAUUCAGUUUCGUUCUGUCCGACCUUUGCGAGGGGAUUGAGAAUGCCUUUCAAGCUCUCUCAUUACACGAACGCCGACUAGCCUUUCUUCCAUACGUUUGGAAACCUCGAGAGACAAAUCAUUGCUCACUACAGCAAUGCUGGUUUAUGGGCUAUCACGCGGACAUUGGUGGUGGGAAUAAAGAUGAGUGUCUUGCACACUUUGCGCUUGCAUGGAUGAUUAGCAAGCUGGAUCCUUUUGUUGAGUUCAACAAAGAAUAUUUCUGGAUGCCUACCGCGAGCGACACGAGUUGGAAACUGAGCGCCGCUCCAACAGUUGACACCUUUGACCCCCCCUUUAUGGUAGGACUCCAAAUUCCAGAUUCGAUGAACUUGUUCUACUGGCUAUGGGGAUCGAUACACAGAAAGCCGCGCAGGCAGUUUUGGACUCAUGUGGGAUUUGAACAAUUUUAUCCGCCUGUGAACAACAUCUCAAAGGAGUUCAUGCAUAGUACUGUGCGUCUUCUGACAUUCCUGGGGGCUCUUGACACCUGUCCAUCCCUUAAAGGAGGUAAACCUGAAAGAAGAGGCAACCAAUGGAUUUGGAACCUUCGGCUGAGGCCCAAGUCGCCGUUCUGGGCCUUCGUUCGGGCCGUAGAACCCGCCCCAACUCACGAGACCUACGAGGUUGUUGAAGAUCCAAUGGGCCCUACUGAGAGAGAGCUGCUCAAGCAAUGGCUCAAUUCUGAGCUCUAUCUUUUGCAAGAGCGUGCAAAUGAGAACGACCCUGACCCGCAAACCUUAAUUCCCUAUUUACUGGAAUGGCUAGAUAAACAGCUCGCGAACUGA